AAACCAUAAAACAUGUUGAUGAUGUCAUCCUGCACUCGGGGGCGUGUCCUGAUUUUACAUCCAAUCAAACGCUUGUUCACGGCCGUGUUCAUCGUAACGCAGACGCUGAUCAUGUGGGGGUGUAACUCACACUCGCUAUUGGCUGCUGUAAACACCGAUCAGUGUCUGCUACACUUCGUACAGUGGCGCCCCCUACUGCUGAUGUACUGCCGCUCUCCGUGCUCACGCAGUGUCUCUCCUCCUGCAGGCGUCUUCCUCAUCCCGUACCUGCUCAUCGUCUUCGUCGGUGGAAUCCCGAUCUUCUUCCUGGAGAUCGCCCUUGGACAGUUCAUGAAGGCCGGCAGCAUCAACGUGUGGAACAUCGCUCCGCUCUUUAAAGGUCUGGGUUUCGCCUCCAUGGUGAUCGUGUUUUUCUGUAACACUUACUACAUCAUGGUGUUGGCGUGGGGCUUCUACUACCUGAUCAAGUCCUUUAACGCCAUCCUCCCCUGGUCCACCUGUGACAACCACUGGAACACGGCCCGCUGCGUGGAGAUCUUCCGUCACCAGGAGUGCAGCAACGCCAGCUUCGCUAACACCACCAUCAGCGGCAACAUGACCUGCGCCGACCUGGCUGACGCACGGUCGCCGAUCAUCGAGUUCUGGGAGAACAAAGUGCUCAACAUCUCCUCUGGUCUGGACGAGCCUGGACAGUUUAACUGGGAGCUCAUCCUGUGUCUGAUGGCCGUCUGGGUCAUGGUUUACUUCUGCGUCUGGAAGGGAGUCAAAUCUACUGGGAAGAUUGUGUACUUCACGGCGACCUUCCCCUACGUGGUCCUCGUCAUCCUGCUGGUCCGAGGCGUCACGCUUCCUGGAGCCUACGAUGGCAUCAUGUACUACAUCAAACCUGAUUGGUCCAAACUGGGGGAGCCUCAGGUGUGGAUCGACGCUGGCACGCAGAUCUUCUUCUCCUACGCCAUCGGGCUGGGAGCUCUGACAGCUCUGGGCAGCUACAACCGCUUCAACAACGACUGCUACAAAGAUGCCUUCGUCCUGGCUCUGAUAAACAGUGGGACCAGUUUCUUUGCUGGUUUCGUGGUGUUUUCUAUUCUGGGCUUCAUGGCUGCUGAGCAGGGAGUCGACAUCUCACAAGUCGCUGAAUCAGGUCCAGGUCUGGCUUUCAUUGCGUACCCAAUGGCAGUCAGUCUGAUGCCCGUGGCUCCGCUCUGGGCAGCACUCUUCUUCUUCAUGCUGCUGCUGCUGGGACUGGACAGUCAGUUUGUUGGCGUGGAGGGUUUUGUAACUGGGAUCCUGGAUCUGUUUCCUGGAAAGCACCACCACCGCUACAAAAGGGAGAUCUCUGUGGCAGUAUGCUGUUUACUGUGCUUCAUUAUCGACCUGUCCAUGGUGACGCAGGGAGGAAUGUACGUCUUCCAAUUGUUUGACUAUUAUUCGGCCAGUGGAAUGACUCUGUUGUGGCAAGCAUUCUGGGAAUGCAUAGUAGUUGCCUGGGUCUAUGGUGCUGACCGCUUCAUGGAUGAUGUAGCGCGUAUGAUUGGCUACAGGCCGUUCCCCUGGAUGAAGUGGUGCUGGUCCUUCAUAACUCCAUGUGUCUGCAUGGGGAUCUUCCUGUUCCACCUGGUGAACUACAAGCCGCUCACCUACAACAACGUGUACGUGUACCCGUGGUGGGGCGAGGUGAUUGGCUGGUGUCUGGCUCUGUCCUCCAUGCUCUGCAUCCCCGUCAGCGUCCUCUACAAACUGUUCAGAGCCAAGGGAACCUUCAAAGAGCGCUGGGCUCACCUGACCACGCCGGUGUGGGGGGCCCAUCACCUGGAGUACAUGGCCCCUGACAUGAAGUCCCUGAGCUCGCUGUCCCCCGGCACUGACGACAACAAGGUCAUCAUCUUUGAGAGCGUCAUGUAGGCUGGCCUCCAUCUGCACUCCACCUUUACCUCCACCCGGUACCAGGCCUCGGAAUGAUUGACCAGCCGUCCACCGACUGUUCUCCUCAGCUCCUCUGAACAUCACCAGACCAACGCUACGAAGAAGGAGGGGACACUGAGAGACUGAGCUUUUCUAACUCCACCUCCACCUCCACCUCCACCUCCACAGAUUCAAACCAGCAGAUCAGAGAGGUCUUUGAGAUUCCUCUGCUUCAUGAAGAAAGAGCUGUUAAAACGUCCAUGUCCAUCUCAGAUGGAGGCUUGCAAUGCACACACACACACACACACACACACACACACACACACACACACACACACACACAGUGCAGGAUCUGCUGCUUGAGUCCGUACACUUCAUGAAUGUGUAAUGGCUGCUUGUUCAGACAGAGUUGUAGACAGACAGUCUGUCCCCGUCCGGCCAGUCUUCAGCUCAGUCGUCAUCAAACUUUCAGGAGUUUAAGGAUCAUCUAUCAACAAUCACAGAUAGCAGCGGUCCAUGAACGCACCACGCUGCCAGGAAGUCAAACGGCGUUCAGACUGUCUGUCUGUCCGUCUGUCCAAACGUAAUGAGGACUGAAGGACAUUACUCCAUUACUGAUCCCAGAACACCUGACAGCGUCUGUGUUCACGGACCUCCGAUCUGUUUCAGUCACGCCGAGGUCUGAUCAUAGGACGGUCCACGUGACGGUCCAACUUCUAUUCAUUAAACCAGAACUCAUGAAAUCCAAACUCAAGCGUCGCUCCGCAGGGCUGAUCCCAGACCAGAUCCCAGACCAGAUCCCAGACCAGGGCUCCAGGCUGCCAAUACAAACCUGUUCACUCUUCUUCUCUGCCUCGUCUCCUCAUCGGCCUUGUUAACGCUGAAGUCCUCCAACGAACUUUGCCGACGCUCCCUGAACAGCUGAUGUGGUUUUAACGUCUGAACAGUCAAACAUGAAGAACUGGAUCAACCUGGACCACAAACACAUGAUGAUGAUGAUGACAACGACGAUGACAACGACGAUGACAACAAUGUCGAUGACGAUGAUGACGAUGACGAUGACGAC